CAAACAGGUGAUAACUUUUUAUCAAUUAUUUAGUCUCGUCCUACUGAAGAAAGUAGGUAAUUUCAAAUGUAACUGUAAACGAAUACACCAUACGGAAUAACUGUAGUUACUGUAGUGGUCACGAUGAGUGCGUGUUCCUAUUUUAAAUUUAAUUCUCGUUAGUACGAGUUUCGCUGCAGUCCAGUAUGGAAGUGGCUAUUUUGAAAUUACUUUUUGCCGGAAUGGCUUUUUCCGUAGUGGUUAUGAGUAUUUUAAUUAAUUCGAUCGAGUCGAAACUUCCGAUUUCCAUAGUGCAAUCGUUUAGAUAUGGUAAAUUCUCAAGCAAGCAAAAACAUUUCCUGGUCAGUUACUUGGAAGUGCCCAAAAGAUGGUUUAAACACUUUUACGUGUUUGCUGCCAUUUGGUCUACUUUAGGAUUUUUACUGAUGCUCUCGACGAUUGUUUUCAAACGGCCUGUGCCUGAAAUCAUUGUACACUUUUUGGACUUUAUGGCUUUGAAGAACCGAAGGACUUCGUACAGCACUACUGCCGCAACAAUCGCCAUGGUCUGUAUGUUAGCCCAAUGCUGGAGGCGUUUUUACGAAACUCAAUUUUUGAGUGUAUUUUCAAAUACGAAAAUCAACAUUUCCCAUUACGCGAUCGGAUACAUACAUUACUUUGGUUGUGUAACGACUAUCUUGGCUGAAGCUCCAUCACCUUUCACCGUUCCAUCAAUUGAAUACAAUUCUUUCUUAUCCAUAUCUGACGUUAACAUUAGACUUAUUGCGGGAUUGUCUGUAUUCGUAUGGGCUUUUCAAAAACAGUAUGCAACUAAUAUAACAUUGGCUAAUUUAAGGACAAAAAAAGGCAAAGUCGUUACAUACGAACAUAAAAUUCCAACCGGCGGGCUUUUCGACAAGAUUUCUUGUCCUCAUUUAUUCUGUGAAGCUCUUAUGUACAUGGCAAUCUAUAUUAUACUCUGGGGAAGUCAAAUUUGGCCAUACAUAUUCUUUUGGGUGUUGAGCAAUCAAUGUGAAUCUGCUAUGCUUAACCAUUGGUGGUAUCAAUCGACGUUCAAAUUGUAUCCAAAGGAAAGAAGAGCUUUCAUACCCUAUAUUCUAUAAAUGAAUUAAACAAAAUGGAUUAUAUCAUUUUGAAAUUUUCUUGUUAUAAUUUUUUUUUUUAUAAAUCUUUUUUGAUUAAUGUUUUAAAUUUUUAUAUUUAAUUUUGUUAUUUUAGCUACUAGACCAAUUGUUUAUGAGUAGUUAAUAGCUUUUUAGUUUAUAAUCUAAAAUACGUUUACCGUAUGAGGUAAUUUGUUUAUUGUGUUUUUGUUAUGCAAACAUAUUUUAGAAGGUAAUAUUUGAUAAUUUGAUUUUAACGGUGAUCGUUAUAAACUAGUUAUGGAGUUUAAUAUUCUUGUUAACAUUAAGAGUU